GUAAUGGAAUGCAGCCCUAGUUGAAUUCUUCAGCAUGCGCGCUCCCUCCAGCGCUGCGCGUCCCCUGAAUAUACUUCAGCGCGCCCGCGGUCACUGCGGGUUCACUCGCUACACGAUGGCGGAGGGAGGCGGACCCGAGUCGGGUAACGCUUCGGACUCUGACGAGAAGCCGGUGAUCAUUCAGACACCGGUACCGUCCACCGAAAGUCAAAAACAGAGUAUCGGGACGCUGCUGAAAACCCCACUUCGAAAGGGAGACGAGUGGUAUUUGAUUGACAGCCGAUGGUUCAAACAGUGGAAGAAGUAUGUGGGCUUUGACAGCUGGGAUAUGUACAAUGUUGGUGAGCACAAUCUGUACCCGGGACCCAUUGACAAUUCUGGGCUCUUUUCAGAUCAUGAAGCCCAGACGCUGAAAGAGCAUCUAAUAGAUGAAUUAGACUAUGUGUUGGUGCCUACAGAAGCCUGGAAUAAGCUGGUCUGCUGGUAUGGCUGUUUGGAGGGCCAGAAGCCCAUCAUCAGAAAGGUUGUUGAGCAUGGGAUGUUUGUGAAGCACUGUAAAGUGGAAGUGUAUUUGCUUGAGCUGAACUUGUGUGAAAAUGACAACAUGGACAAAGUCAUCACCCGCCAUUUCAGCAAAGCAGACACUAUAGAUACCAUUGAGAAGGAGAUGAGGUCUUUAUUUGACAUCCCAUCAGAAAAGGAAACUCGACUCUGGAAUAAAUAUAUGAGUAACACUUAUGAACAACUUAACAAACUUGACAGCACUGUACAGGAUGCAGGGCUUUUUCAGGGCCAGGUGCUUGUUAUAGAGAAGAAGAAUGAGGAUGGCACAUGGCCCAGACAGACCAGCCAUUCCAAGUCCAGUACUUCCACCUCUCGGAAUUAUACAACCUCCCCAAAACUCUCCUCAAACUCUUCUGCCACCAUUUCCUCCACAAUAACGAAUGGGGAUAGCAAUAGCAACUCUGGCUAUAUGCUGAACAACAGUACUUCUGGUAACAGAUUAGGUAGUUACAACUCCUACAGCUCCUCCUACAGUUACAGAGAAUCGGCUGCUCAGCCGGGCCUCUGCGGUCUGAGUAAUCUGGGCAACACCUGCUUCAUGAACUCUGCUCUCCAGUGCCUGAGCAACACUUCCCCUCUGACGGAAUACUUCCUGGAGGACUGCUAUGAAGCCGAGAUCAACCGGGAAAAUCCAUUAGGGAUGCGAGGGGAGAUCGCAGAGGCUUACGCAGACCUGGUCAAACAGAUGUGGCUUAGUCGGAGCAGUUAUGUGGCUCCUCGCACUUUUAAAACCCAGGUGGGUCGGUUUGCCCCGCAGUUCUCAGGGUACCAGCAACAAGACUCUCAGGAGCUGCUGGCCUUUCUACUGGACGGCUUACAUGAAGACCUUAAUCGUGUUAAGAAAAAGCCUUACCUGGCCCUGAGAGAUGCUGAAGGGCGCCCUGAUGAGAUUGUAGCCAAGGAAGCAUGGGCGAACCACCGUUUGCGGAACGAUUCCAUAAUCGUGGACAUCUUCCAUGGCUUGUUCAAAUCUACUCUGGUCUGCCCAGAGUGCUCCAAAGUUUCUGUUACCUUUGACCCUUUCUGCUACCUCACGCUGCCCCUACCCAUGAAGAAAGACCGCACUAUGGAGGUGUUUCUGGUUCGCACUGACCCACAGUUCAGACCCAUGCAAUUUCGUGUAGUGGUUCCCAAAAUGGGUGUAGUGGCAGACCUGUGCAGUGCUUUGGCCAAACUAUCUGGAGUUCCUUCAGAGAAUAUGGUUGUGGCAGAUGUUUACAAUCACAGAUUCCAUAAAAUUUACAAACGGGAUGAUGGUCUCAAUCACAUUAUGGAAAAGGACGACAUCUUUGUUUAUGAGGUGUUAGAGGAAGACAGCGAGAGGAUGAAUCUGCCAGUGUACUUUAGAGAGAGGCAUGCCAAGCACAACGGAGGCCCUUCUGGCACAAUGCUUUUUGGCCAGCCACUCCUCAUUACCAUCCCGUGCCAAAACGUCACUGUGGAUACCCUCUAUGAUUGUGUGCUGGAGAGGAUUGGGCGUUACGUUAAACGUUCACAGAGUACCGUUUCAGAGAGCAAAGUGUCUGCCUCAGCCACAUCCUCUAGCAGAAGCCAGUCACCAGAAUGCAUAGCUUCAGUGUCCAGUCAAAGCACAGGCCUGAGUGGCUGCAGCAGCCCUGUUUCAGAUGGAGCUUCCUGCAGUGCUGCAUCCAACAGCAGCAACCACUCUGGAACCUGUAAUGGCCCCAAUGGAAUAUGUGAUGGUGAAGAGGAAGCCAUGGACCACCAGGAGAGUCCAGAACCUGAGAACAGCCACUCAGACACUGUGGAUGGAGAGGAGGACUCUGAAUCUGAGAAUGGACCCAAUAACAGCGGUGGAAAAUCUCUGUCUUCCCGACCUAAACUCUUCUCGUUUAGCAUGGUCAACUCGUACGGCACAGCCAACAUCAGCUCUCUACCUUUUGAUGGCAACCUCCUUAAACUCACAACUCAUUCCACAGUAGCCAUCGACUGGGACUCGGAUGUUAAGAAACUGUGCUACGAUGACCAGGAAGCUGAGGCCUAUGACAAGCACGAGAGCAUGCUGCAUGCACAGAAGAAGAAGACCACAGUAGCUUUACGAGAAUGCAUUGAGCUCUUCACCACAAUGGAGACGCUAGGAGAACAUGACCCUUGGUACUGCCCCACGUGUAAGAAGCAUCAGCAGGCCACAAAGAAGUUUGACCUGUGGUCUCUCCCAGGCAUUCUUGUUGUGCAUUUGAAGCGGUUUUCUUAUAACCGCUGCUGGAGAGACAAGCUUGACACUGUUGUAGACUUUCCCAUUAGGGACUUGAACAUGUCAGAGUUUGUUUGUGACCCCAAAGCUGACCCGUACGUCUAUGACCUCAUUGCUGUUUCCAACCAUUAUGGAGGAAUGGGCGGAGGCCACUACACGGCAUAUGGCAAGAAUAAGAUGGAUGGAAAAUGGUAUUACUUUGAUGAUGGCAGUGUGUCUGCUGCCUCUGAGGAUCAGAUUGUGACUAAAGCAGCCUACGUGCUCUUUUACCAACGCAGAGGUGCAGAUACACCACCCAAAUCCACCCCAUCUGCAUCACUAGGCGGAGCUUCAGUGUCCCUGGAUGAUCACAUGGACACCAACUAAUUUUCUUUAGUCUUUCAAGGACGGGCACUGAAACAAACUACAUAAACAUGAAACCACCAAUGAAUCAACGCACAUCCUGGCUACUUCAGGGGCUACUUCAGUGACUAUUAAAGGGUCACAAACAGGCCCUUUGUUUUUAGCUUUAAUUUAAUUUUCUUUCACACAUGCAUCUUUAUCAAGAGCCAAAAAAAUAUAAAUAAUAAAUAAAGAGAAUUUUAGUUUGAAGCGUGACGUGAAAGACUUUAUUCUUAGACCUUGAUGCCUGCUGAUAAUUGAAGCCUAUUUCAUUUUAGUUUGAAAUGAGGGUAAAACGGCAAUAUAACCUGUCUUUGGACGACAUGAAUGUUAUAAAUAGUGCAUAGAUUGGUUGUAAGGAGAGAGAGGGGGAGAAAUGCCUAAAAAUAGACUGGUGUAUGCAACAUUACGCUCCUCUGAAGUGUUUGGAUUUUGCCUCUUUUCACUUGGACUCUAGCUAUCAGCAUCUUGUAACAUGUGCCUCCUGUGAAGAAUCAAUUCUCUGUGGAUAUAUAAUUAAGUGUGUGGUGAUAAGCACAGAGAUUCUUUUGGAGAAGCUUGCACUCUAGUUCAUUAAUCAUUUCACAAGCUACCCUGUUAGAUAUUCCAUUCCAGAGGGUGUUGGAUUGAAAUGUUUUACUCACUGAAGUGGUUUACUCUAUGAAGUCAUAAAAUGUCAGUUCAACUGGAUAUUCAAACUUUUUUAGGAUGCUCUCCAAUACAUUCACACUAACAGCAUUUGCACCCCAAAAACUGUGAAAAGGGGGCUUGCAUGUGUGGAUAGAGUUUUGAAAAUAAUAGGUGGAACAAGUAAACCCAAGUUAUGGACAUACACUGCCCCAAAAAAGACUUGUAUGAUUUUAAUCUACAGUAUCAUAUUUCAGAUCUGAUGGCUAGUGCUUUGUUCCAUUUGGACUGAUUUUUGCAAGAUUAUUUUGUCGUCUUUGUGGACAUAUCACUCCUUAAAUGGUUUCAAUCCAGACAGAGGAAUAUCAAGAGUUUGCUUGAAAGUGGUGUUAAAUUUUUGACUUAUGAACAGUUGCAGGCGAAGACCAACAUACAAACAACAGGCCGUGUUUCCAGUUGAGAACAUCCUUACAUGUAAAAGAAAUAGCAAUGCUGUCAAUUCCUAGAAAUGUAGAUUGGCAUAUUUGCUAAAAGAUGUUAAAAGUGCUUCAUACUGCUAAGAAAAUAGAACAAUAAUCCAUUGAUCUAAAGCUUCGGUGUGGCAAAACAGCAUGCAAAUAUUUUUGAAUCUGCAAAAUGGUGACUAGAUGGUUGUUCCUGGUGUGCACCUUUCCGUGGUAUUUGCAGUCAUUGACUGGUAAAUCUGAUUGUUGUUGAUAUUUAUGGCAGUGAUGAAUCAUGAUCCAUAUGAAAUAUAAGACAUAAAGUGAAGAUUUACACAAGCUGCCCCACUUCAUCUCCCUUUCGAUACAUUCAUCAGAAAAGAACAUCCAUUUAAACUUUUGUUUGUUUUGUAAUUUCAUAGAUUUUUUUUUUUUUUUUUGGCAUAGAUGUAAAUAAUCAUGAUCUGGGGCACAGUACAAAGCUGUUUUGUGUUCUAAUAUUUAUCUUGCCAAGAUGUGCAACACCAGAUUUUGAUUAAGCCUAUUUGAAUUAAAAAUAUAAUAAAAUGUGGAAGCUUGGUUAUA